GGAGGAGAUUUUCCAUCCCUCCAUGGCCAUAGUGCAGGCCACGAAGAUCCAGCCCAGCACCGUCAUCAGGAACCCCCAGAUCUGGACCACUCGGAUCUUCAUCUCAGAGCCUCUCUAGGCUGUUUUCAUCUGGAAUCAGACUGAUGUGGAAGUGGCGUCCUGCCGUCCAGGAGAGGACUGGUGGAUGUCAGGUACCCAGCAGAGGUGUAGAGUAGUUUUCCAGGUGUUCCUGUACAUGUGGGUGAGAGACGACGGUUGUUCAGGUUCCCAUGAGUCACAGGUGACGGUUGUCAAGCAUGAAUGUGGACGGAAAGUGCUCACCUCAGCUCGUAUCUCAGGUUACUGGAGACGACAUGCCCCCAUUAGAUCUCUCUGUACUGUCACUGAUAUGCAGUUUAAAGGAGGAGAAUCUGUUCAUAGCAUCAGUAGGUUUAGUAGUUUUCUUCUUCUAAAUAUUCUCAAAUUAUUUUGUGGUGUUUCUGAUUACUUAUGAAAUCCCUGGCCUUCUACGUCCACCAUAGAGUAAAACUAAAGAGACAAAGGAGACGAAACAAAAGAAAAAAGAGACAAAGAUGAGACAAAAAAGGGAUUAAAAAAUGGGCAAAUGACAAAAGCGAGAAACGAAAUGACAAAAAAACAAGACAAGAAGUGAUCCAAAAAGGAAACACAAAACGAGAAAAACGACAAAAACUCGAAAAAACAAGACAAAAUAUCACAAAAUGAGGCGCAAAACGACAAAAGUGAGAAACAAAAUGGCAAAAAAUGAGACAAACGACACGAAACAAAACUAAAAAGAGACAAAUCAUGAGACCAAAAGUUACACAGCGACAAAACAAUGAACAACUGACAAGAAUGAGACAACAAAUGACGAAAAAUGUCAGACAAAAACUGACAAAAGCGAGAAACAAAACUAUAACUUUCUGCAAUAAAGUGAAAAACGAGAGGUUUGUUUGAAUAAAAAAACACUUCAGCAUAUGUGUUUUUUAUUGUAAAGUUGGACACUUUAUAGGAAAAACUAAAACGUUUCAUUCAUCAAAAAUAACCUUUAUUGAUACCUGAAUUUUGUGCAAUCAAAAAAAAGCAGAAAUUUCUGCUUCUGCUGUACAAAAACAAUGAUUUAUGGUCAUAUCUGCACUCUGCAUUUUUACUUAGUGAGUUUUAAUGAGCUUAAAAAGUGCUAAAGGUUCAACGUUUUUGUCUUUUUUCAAUUGACUUUAUAGAUUAAUGCACGUGGCAUUAAAGUCCGUGUAACACGUGUUUUACGUGAACAGCAGGACGAUCUGGUGUGAUGUCAUCCUUGUGUUGGAACAUGAAGGAUGCUUACUGGACAAAACCAUCUCAGAGAUAAGAUGAGAACCAAACGUCCGCUGUGCUGCUUCAGAGGGACAGAUCACUUCCCACAGCCACAGCUCGUUAGCUUCAUUCACCUCUGAGUGUCUGAGUGGAGGAUCAGCGCUCACCAUGACGUACAGGACGGUGGUGAUGUACAUGGAGAUCGGCUGCUUCGUGUCCUGCCUGUGUGGAUGGAUCCUGGUGUGUUCCACUCUUCCCACAGAGUACUGGACCUUCUCCGAGGUGGGCAGCAUCGUGUUGACCACCUCCAACUACUACUCCAACCUGUGGAGGGACUGCAUCUCCGACACCACGGGGGUGUCCGACUGCAAGGAUUACCCCUCCAUGUUGGCGCUGCCAGUGUACCUCCACGCCUGCAGAGCGCUGGCCGUCUGCGCCGUCAUCACCGGCUUCUUCGGAGGCGUCGUCACGCUGAUAGGGAUGAAAUGCACCAAAAUAGGAGGCUCAGACAUCGCCAACGCCAGGGUGACGUUUGCUGGAGGGAUAACCUACCUGGUGUCAGGAUUCUGUGGUAUGAUCACCUACUCGUGGUGGGCCAACAGAAUCAUCAGUGAGUUUGUGGACCCAAAUUUCAGGGCACAGAAAUUUGAACUUGGAGCUGCUGUUUUUGUCGGCUGGGGAGGCUCCAUCCUGCUCAUCGCAGGAGGGACGGUGUUGACGACCUUCGCUGGAAAAGAAGGUCUACCAUCCAGCUCAUCAGAUCGGCCACGGAGGCCGAUUUCUUACGCCACUGCCAGAACCAGACGGACCUACAUGCUGCCGGCAUCGUCCUCUAGAGUGACUCUGGUGCCACCACUGUUCUAUGAAGGCAGGAAGAGCCGAGCAACCAGAGCGACAACGAAGACCGGUCGAACCUUCAGCGGGGACAGCUUCGUCUGAGCUGGACCGGAACUCAGAGCUGAGGAAGAGACUGGACUGACAUUUCUGGGACACAUGUUGACUUGCUUUCUGACCGAGAUUGGUACCACUGUCAUGUCAAUACGGAGCUGAUUAGCAACAGCAGCCAGUUAGCUUAGCUUAGCAUAAAUAUUGCAACGUACACUAGGGCUCAAUAGUUUGGGGUCAUUCAGAUAAUUCCAUGUUCUCCAUUAAACUCCCACUUUUAUCCAUGGGCUAACAUAACUGCACAAGGGUUUUCUAACCAUCAAUGAGCCUUUCAGCACCAUUAGUUAACACAGUGUAGCAUUAGAACACAGGAGUGAUGGUUGCUGGAAAUGUUCCUGCUGAACUUGAAUGAGUCUGACAGUCCUGGUCUACUGGACAGAGAGUUAUCAGAGCGGUAUCGAUCUUUUCAUAAAUAAUAUAUAUAAAUUCUUCUCAACAAUAACUGCUGUUUGAAUUUAAGAGCCGUUUUGUCUUUUAUCAGGAAGCAUCCGUUGUCUAUUGAGGGCUUUAAAUCUUUUUUUGUGGGUUUGCUUUGUUCUUUAGAUGCUCACUGAGGUUUAGUACAAAAAAAGAACAUGAGUAUAACAACACUUAAUACUUGUUUACAAAUCUGUUGAUCAAAACCUGACCAGGUAACACUGCUCAGGUGUGUCGCCUUCACCAGGGCGGUGUUACAUCUGGUUUUCUUACAUUCAACUGAGCUGUUCUGUUAAUUAAACUAAAUAUACUAACGGCAUGAAAAUCACAUUUUUUAAAACCUUUCAACAACUGGUAAACACAGAAAUGUAUGACAUUAAUGUAAAAGUAAUAUUCGCCACUACAUCUUUUACAUUUAUACAGUUCUUUGAGAGCAAAUCUACACUUCAGAUCUGACUCCUUAUUUAGUUUAAUUAAAAAACCAACGUCAGACUUGGAUCUGGAUAAUCUCUUAUUUAUGACUUUAAAGCUCCUGAAGUUUGUUGUACUUGUACUUUUCUACAUUUUGACAGAUGGAUGGCGUCCUUUGUGCUGCAUGAAAUCAGUCCUCUCACUUGUAUUUUUGAUGUAAAUUUGGUGUAUUUCUGUUUGGUCAUUUUGUGGAAUGUUUUCAUGAUUUUUGUGAAUUCAGUAAAAAAAAAAAAACAACUAAACUGGUUGAAUUUUCCUGUUUAGUAUUUUUGUAUUUAUAAAGGUGGUUUUUCUCUC